GGUGGGUGGAGGAGUAUCAGACCCGCUCCGCGCUGGGCUGUGAGAGGAUGAGGAGCUCAGCCGUGUGGCUCCUGUGCCUUUUGUUUUGGGCUGUGAGUGAGGGAGAGGCCAAACCCGCCUGCAAUUACUCUCCAGCCCAAUGGUGCAGCUCCUACAAAAUAGCCGCUGCUUGUCAGGUGCUGGGGCAAUGCCCUGGGUUGGAGCGAGACAGUGCGCCCCCAGUGGAGAUCAGCCUGUACUACGAGAGCCUGUGUCCCGCCUGUCGCAGUUUCCUGGUGCUGCAGCUCUACCCCACAUGGCUGAUGCUACACAGCAUCAUGAACGUCACCCUCGUGCCAUACGGCAACGCUCAGGAAAAGUUGCAAAGUGGCAAGUGGGCGUUUGAGUGUCAGCACGGAGAACAGGAGUGUUUGGGCAACAUGAUCGAGGCCUGCCUCAUGCACACACUGAAGAACCCGGAAAAUUACUUCCCGAUCAUUUACUGCAUGGAAUCGGCUCCUUACGUCAUCAAAGCGGCUGAGCUGUGUGUACGGAUCUACGAGCCUGCCCAGACCUGGAGCACCGUGGAGAGCUGCGUACAGGGAGACCUUGGAAACCAGCUGAUGCACCGGAAUGCUGUGCAGACUGAGGCACUGAAUCCACCCCAUCAAUACGUGCCCUGGAUCCUGGUCAACGGGAACCACACAGAUGUCCUGGAGUCUCAUGCCGUAGGUUCCCUGUUCAACCUGGUCUGUAACUUGUACACGGGAACCAAACCGGAGGCCUGUGCCAAGGCGGAGAGGAAAGAGCUGAGCGUGUGUCUGGCCUAAACCCCGGAAAAUGUGUCUCCGCGGACGUUCCAUCGUGGGAGGGAGAUGGAAGAGGUGGAAAGUUAUCCUGAAGGCAAUGGGGGGGGGUG